AUGACCUCCGGCGCCUCCAUCGACGCCCCCAUCCGGCCCGCCCUUCUCAAAAACUCGGGCCUGCCAAAGUCCGACUCGUCCGUCUCCACCACGGCUUUAUCUUGCAAAUCCAUCCGCGUCACCGGCGCCCAUCCACUCGGCUCCCUGCACGUUCACCAACCCGCCGACUCGUCUCUGUCGCAAGAAGUCGCCAUGAGCCCAAACACAGCCCCCGACGACGACGAACCCCCGCUUCUGGGACCCAUCGACUCUCAAGAUGAUAUCGCGACCCGGCAGCCGUUGCCCCAGCAUGGCCACUCCCUAAACGGCGGAGACAUCGUACUGAUCAUGGACCUGCCUGCUCAUUUCACUGUGGGCUACGAUUCCGUCUCCUUCACCGCCCGCGAGUUUGUCGGCGUCAGAGACAUCCCUCCCGGUCCGCACUUCUUCUGGGUGUCGGAGACGGAGGCCAGCACAACGCGGUGCGGCUUCUGGGUCAUCAGCUCGGCCACAGAAAAAAUCCACGUCAUGCAAUGGGACAAAUUCAACGAGGUUGUCGGCGAGCCAGCUAGCCAAGUCGAGGCCCGCUUCCAAAAGGAUAAGAUCCAAGACAUCUAUCCCAAGCUGGCGCCUUAUCAGUUCCGCGCCCUCAACGCCACCAUCAAGUCGGUGGCCUCCGGUUCCUCGAGCCCCGAGCCCGAGUUCGCAAGGAACACCAACAUCUGGCAGCAGCUCACGAACGCCAUCUCGGCCCCACUUCUGAGCAGAAUUACCGCCCGCAAGGCCGGCAACUGGGCUGUGCACACGUCGGACCGUGUGAGGGGUGCCCUAAUGCUUCCCGCCGAGGUCGAGCUCGAGAAAAGGAUACCCAGUGUUGUCGCAAGCACGGAGUUGAAAUUUACCUUCAGCCAGGGCGCAAAAACGUACGAUGCGGAAAGUGUCGGCGCCGCACGCACCGAGCAGGCAGUCGAUGCGACGGCUUAUUUGAUGUCCACGGCUAUCAGUGACGACGACAUCGUUGGGGAGCUGCAGUUUGCUUUCAUCGUCGGCAUGCAUCUUGGUAAUGAAGCCUGCAUCCAGCAGUGGUGGCACAUGCUGGUUUCGGUCGUCCUGAAGGCCUACACCCUGCCCCUCCGGCGUCCCGAAUUGGCCCGCUUCCUCCUGCAGACAAUCACAGCCCAGCUUGUGUACAACGAACGCUACCUUGAUGGUUCCGUACUCGACUACGGCCCGUCAUACUCUCGCGAUCUCCGCAUGGCCCUCAUCGUCUACAAGCGACGCCUCAACGAAGUGCUCCUGACACUUAACUCACUGGCCACUCCCGAGCAGGCUGCUGUUGGCCAGGCCUUUUCCGAGCUCGAGACGUGGGUCUGGAAGUUUGGAUGGGACAUCAGAAGCGACUAUCUUCGAAAGGGCAAGACGAUGCUUGAGGACGGCGAGGAGGUUGAGCUCGAGAUGGACGACCUCGAAGCUGAAGAUGAGCGUGGCGAGUUUGCCGCCACGGUGGUCGAGCUGGAUGAGAGCGGAAAGCAGAAGGAUCUUGUCUCGUGGGAUUAG